AUGAUAUUUCAUGCAAUCCUGUUUUUAAGUCUUCUGUGGCAUCCAAUUUCUAUUAUUGUGUUUAUUGGGGUAUUUGUCGCGUGGUUGUUUCUUUAUUUCGAGCGUGAUGGUCCGGCUGUGCUGUUCAAUAGGAGUUUUGAUGGUAGAGUUGUUUUGUGUGUUCUUGGAUUGGUUACUAUAGUGGCAUUGGCGUAUACUGAUGUGGGUUUGAAUGUUUUGAUUGCUUCGAUUAUUGGGGUGGUUGUUGUUGGAGUUCAUGCUGCGUUUAGGGGCACCGAGGAUUUGUUUCUUGACGAGGAAAGUGCUGUUGAAGGUGGGUUGCUUUCAGUAGCUGCUUGUGUUGGUGGAAUCCCAUUGUUUUUAGGAGAUUUGAAUCGAGGCUUUAUGCCCAAGAUGACGAUGGAGUUUGUUGCUGACGGUGGAAUUGGGGAAUGGUGA